AUGAGACCAUCAUCGAUCCUAAAUGGUGUGUAUAACGGAUAUGGUGAAUAUUUCAGUGAAAAAAGGCAUUUGCAAGGUGAGCAGGAAAAUAGCUUGCGUAGCAACUUUCGUGAGCUAGGAGAGGAGUAUCCCCCUGUAUUUAAGGGCUGCAAGAUAUAUAUCAAUGGCAGGACUGAUCCCGAUCGCGAAGUGUUGCGCCAGAUUAUAGUUUUACAUGGAGGUCAAUUCAUUCACUAUGUAUCUCGCGGAUCAGAUGUGACCCAUAUUAUUGCCACUACGUUAACUGCGAGGACGCGUAUUGCAUAUAAGGGACGGCGAGUUGUCCGGCCGGAAUGGGUAAUGGCAUGCGUGGAAUCGAAACGGCUGGUUAAUUGGCAAGAUUAUACAGUCUUGGGAAUUGAUGAGGAUCAGCGUUCUCUUGCGCUUCCGAAUCAGAACCGUCACUCUGAGAUUCUUAGUUGCAAGGAUCCAGGAUUUAUAGAGUCGUUUUUUGGUAACUCUCGGCUGCACCUGCUUUCCACUUGGAAAGCCAGGCUUCGAGAAGACUAUGUUUUACGAUAUUUGCGUGACGGUAGUAGUAGUAUUGGACCAUUAGAACAUCUGCGUGUAUUUCACGUAGAUUUCGAUUGCUUCUUUGCAGCGGUAUCAGCACAGAAGCACGGUUACGACCAGAGCAUCCCAAUUGCUGUUUCACACGGUACGAACAAUUCAGAUGUUUCUAGUUGUAAUUAUGUAGCGCGUAAAUUCGGGGUCCGUAACGGAAUGUGGGUGUCACACGCGAAAGAGCUAUGCCCUAGUCUUGUUUGUCUGCCUUAUGCAUUCGACUUGUACGAAGCAAAAUCCGCCCAGUUUUACGAUGUCCUGCGUGACAACUAUGCGUUUGACAGUGUAUUGCCUGUAUCUGUCGAUGAGGCGAUUUGCGUCCUGGGAGGUGAAGCUAGUGUUGAAGAAUGUCGAUUGAUAUGUUCGCGGUUACGGCGGAAGAUCGAGGAAAAAACAGGUGUUACGGUGAGUUUUGGAUGCGGUAGCUCAAUGGUACUAGCACGGUUGGCUUUGAAAAAGGCAAAGCCAGAUGGACAGGUUGUGUGUUGUGGGGAUGAUGAGCUUUUGAGCGAUGGCCGCGAAGUAAGAAGUGCUAACAGUCUACUUAGUGAUUGCAAGCUGCGCGACUUGCCUGGAAUUGGCCCAUCAAUUGCAGAAAAGCUGGUUCCUAGCUCUGAUGGUCAUGAAACGUCGAUUUCUGAAGUGCGGGAUCGUUUCUCAUUGGAUGAGUUGGUACUGCGGUUGGGUCCUAGUACUGGUGCUAAGGUAGAUAAUCUUCUGCACGGUAAGGAUGACUUAGAGUCAUUGAAAAUGCUAGAAAAUCCAAUGGAAUACUUUGCAAGGCGCUCAUUAUCAGUUGAGAUUAAUUGGGGUAUAAGGUUUGAUACUAUACAUGAGAUCGAUCUUUUUAUUGAUCGGCUUGUACAGUAUAUUGUUAAGAAGCUAAAUGACCUGGGAAUGCUGGCUUCUCAAGUAGUACUUAAAAUUAUGCGAAGAAAGCCGCAUGUCUCCCAGAUCACGGAAAAGUAUCUAGGGAUGGGAGAAUGUGAUGCAUAUAGCCGCAGCAGCAGGUUAAGUGUCCCAACAGAUCACGCUGGUAUCAUAGCUUCAGAAGCUAAAAGCAGCUACCGUAUGAUACACUGCCCACCAAAGGACCUCAGAGGCAUUGCAUUACAGUUAAUGAAACUGCAGAAGCGCGAGGGCCUCUCAAGAAACCAAAUGCAGCUACCAUUUGCGUCUGGAAAGGAGCUUUAUAAUACUCCUAAGAACCGUUCUACAGAGCAGAUCCUGGUGAAACCUGUAAAACUGGUUAGGAAAACUCCAGCUAAAGAAUUUUUUGAUAAAUAUAAUAAGAAUGGGGAUACUAAUGCCACGAAAAUGCCUUCACCGCCUAUUUACGAGCGGCUUCCUAGUACUCUUCGUGAGUCAUUCCUGAAUGCGCUACCUGAGGAUUUAGCCGAAGAGGUUAAGCAAGACUAUAAUAUAAGAAAGAAAGCUGAAAAAUCAUACCUGCUUGAAACUAGAAAUGCGUCGAAUGCAGAGCCGAGUAAGGAAGUUUCGAAUGCUAAGUUUUCAAUGUUGCCCCCUGUCUCUUUCCAAGGGCUAACCAGAACCAAGCAGAUACGAAAACUUUUGAUUCCUUGGAUAACUCAGACAAUUAUAGGAAAAGGUCCUAACCAUGAUGAUUUAAGAUUAUUUGAAGGCUACUUAGAUAGGUUGUUGAAGGCGGGCCCUUCCAGACUACCGAUCCUAGCGAAUAUCACUCAACUCAUUAUACAAGUGCUUGACUUGAACGAAAAUUUGAAUGGAAACCAAGGCUUCCAAGAAUGGGAAGAGUUCUUACUUAAAGUUGUGACAGUUAAGUUAAACCAGUGCAAGCAGCAGGACCAGCGCAGGCUUAAUCUUACAUUUGCAUUUAAUUAA